GCAGAUUUUUUUUGCCCGUUACCUUUUGAUUUUUUUGCUUAAAUGUUCCACCUGUAUUCCGACAAACCCCGCCCUCUGCUUUUGGAUUGGGUGGAUUAUCCAGGAAGUGUCUGUGAUUAGAAAGGAACAACCAAUAAUCGCACGAGAGGCAUGUGAGUAGUCAAUCGUAGCGAAGGGAGGCGGGAUUUGUCGGAAUGUGAGUAGGCAAAAUAAUAACCCGUUCGUGUCGCAGUCUCGGGCGCUUAGGCGAAAGUGGACUCGGGAUUUGUCUGAAUGCACAAAUUUGUUGAUCAAAUUCAGUAGAAACCAGCGGGACACCUAGGGUGUAUAAUGGUGGCACGAGGACUGAAGCGGAAACUCCGCGAUGAUGUCAGAGACCUGGGGUGGGAGAAUCAGCUGCAGUCCGUGUUGAACAUUUCCAUAGACAAGUACCAGCGCGAUCAGGCCCUCGUGGAGCCGAGCUUACUGCGCUCUGUUCUUAUUACUAACACACUCCGUCAGGCCAAAACACAUAUGGAGGCCGCUCAUGAGAACCCCAUGAAAAAAAUUCCGUGUUUCCGGCAAGAACUCGGCAUGCCCUCCGCGUUCGAAGACGUGGAUGAUGAUUGCAUGGAGGAUCUGUCUUUAUCCACCGCCAUUACCGCCAUUCUGAAGAAUCUCGACACAGCUCUUGAAGGCAGCUCUGGCUCAUCUGCCCCUCAGCAUUCACCAUUAGCCUCUGUGGAAAACCUUCCAGGGGACAGGACCGGCAAAAGGAGUCCGAACAAAGGUUUAUCUACUCACCUGCAAGACAGUGUUUUAGAUGAUUUUUUAUUGGACUUUGACACGUCUGUAUGCGAAAUGGAUAUUACUGAUCACACAUUUGACCUUCCUGCAGAUGACCUUGUGAAAUAUUUACCCUGUGUACCCUGUUUAGGGAAUGAAAUAGGAUUUUUACACUCCAUGUAGUGCACUGUAGGUUCAGCAAGGAUUUGGAAUUCAAUGUCUUACCAUACAGGUUUGAUAUAAUGACUCUGUGACUACGCUAUUUGUAAGAACAUAUAUAUAUUUUUUUUAUAAAAAAAAAAAGAGAGAAACUCCGAUAUCAUAGAUAGGUAAAAUGUACAAUAAGCAUACACUGCUCCCUAUGUUAGACAAAUACAUAAAUAUUUACAUAAUAGUCUCAAUGAAAUGAGGCUCAGCCAGUAUAUUUAGUGUGCCAUAUAUAUAUAUAUAUAUAUAUAUAUAUAUAUAUAUAUAUAUAUAUAUAUAUAUAUAUAUAUAUAUAAUGUAUAUAAUGUAUGUGUGUCUACUCUGCAUAGAGUAGGAAUAAUCGCUACUGUACCCUGUAAUGCACUCCCUGUUUAUGUAGUUCACUCUGUGUCAAGACUUUGUGUGCUCUACAUAGGGAAUGAAGCAAAAGAAGUACACUAUGCACUGUGUUAUGAUCAGUUACUCCCCAUAUAUGGGGAAUAUUUAAGGUAUAUUUAAUGUUAUAAAUUGUUAUAAGGCAUUUGUUCUUGUUCUUGUCCGUGCCUCAGCUGAGGAAGAGUUUAGUUUUUCAACAUUUGAACUUUUUCCGCCUGUAUAUAUUUCUCAUCCAACUCUUUCUUUCUCUUUCAGAAAAUUAGCUCUCAUUUAUCUCUCUUUCUGCUUAGGCAUGGGAGGUAGCAUCACCGCUUUGCAUGCUUCCCCAGUCUCCACAUAGACUACCAAAAAAACAGACCCCUUGGUUAGAUGGCUAUGCUAAAAUGCCUGAGGUAUGAAUGAGCGUGUGCACUGUGCCUUGAACUGAACUGGCAUUUAAUCCAGGGUUUAAUACCACCACAUGUGCAGUAUUCGGAGGAUUGCUUCGGAGAACAUGUUUACUGAAAGCUGAGUGGGGUUGUAGUUUACAGUGGAAAAAAAAUCCUAUUCCACUCCAGUUGUGUGCACUACAUAAAACAUGUAUUGUGUUUUCGAGCUCCAUGUUCAACACGGUUAUCUGGUUAGGGUGCUUCCUAUAUGUAUGAGAGGACUGUACUGUAAGGAACAAUAGUGCCUUCUACACCUGAUCAAGUGCACUCUAUCUAUACACAGUUGUAAUUCCUUGUGAAAAGGCAAAAUGCUUUUAAUGUAAAAAGUUGAGGUGCCUUGUAAAGCUGCAGGGUGACAGAGAGAAACUCGUUCCAAGGCUUUCGAUUCAAUCUGUUUCUGUGAAGUUUAGCAUUCUCUAUUGUGUCCAGACAUUUCUCGAACUUCAUGCUACCUCUCCAAAACAUGGGUCUGGAUUAGAGUAAAGAUGAAUUAACAUAAUCAUGUUAAAGGUGCUGCUUGCAUAAUGUUUUAUAGGAAAAAAGUUCAAAUGAAACGUGCCUGUAAUGAAAACCAUAAACUGUUUAGACUGUUAAAACUGAAAAAAUGUUUGUAAGGAAAAUGGUAGCUCGCUGGACUUCUGAUCGAAAGGUUGUGGGUUUAAAUCCCACCACUGCCAUGCUUCCACUAUUUGGGCCCAUUAACCAGGCCCUUAAACUUCCACUGCUCCAUGUAGAAAUAAGAUCAUUGUAAGUUACUAUAAGUUACAUAUAAGGCUGUCUGACAAAUGGCACAACUGUAAAUACCUCAUGUUACUGUUUUAGUUCAUUGGAAAGUCUUUUCGAAAGUGAUAGUUCAGCCAUAAAUGAAAUGUUUCCUGUCCAGACAUGUUCGAUUGUUGAAGUUUGCUUUUAUAGCACUGAUGCUGUGAGGCUGAUACGUCUAAUGGGAAAAGGAACAGAACAGUGUUUUAUCAGUGCAAAUUGCCGACAUGUUCAUUUGUUUGUUUCUUUUUUUGUUUACCUAUUUAUAAAAACUUUUUAUUAAUUAUUCUUUAAUUAUCUAUCAUUAUUACAUGAAAUCUUUGAAUUAUUGUUUAGUGUUUAUACAAAUAAAGGUAUUAAUCCAAAUGUUUACAGGUGCUGU